ACUCUGUCAGUUGUCCAGCACACAUGAGCGCCCACAGCCCCUGCUGCAGAUGAAACUUGAAGAAGAGGCUGUAGAGAGUUAGCAGUUAAACUUUAUCUCAUCCAGACUCAGCAAAUCCCCUCAGAGCUAAACUCCAGAACCACGACGGACCAUAAAACACCACCAAGAUGCUGCCGCUGCUGCUGCUCAUCAUCAUCGCUGCACACAGUCACAUGUGUCUGUCAGUGACAGUAAGCACCAGUAAGCCCAAAGUGGAGAUCCAUGAGCACACAGACGCCAUGUUGUCCUGCGAGUUCAAGACAGAAAAAGAUCAGAACCCUCGAAUUGAGUGGAAAAAGAAAGGAAAAGGAGUGACUUUUGUUUAUUUUGACAAGAAAUUUGCAAAGUCCUACGCAGGACGGGCCAAGAUAGAGGGAGCGACGCUGACGAUACACUCCGUCACCCAGAAAGACUCGGGGGAAUAUCGCUGUGAGGUAACCGCCAGCGAAGACCACGUUAACCUCGGAGAGGCCACUGUGACCCUCAAUGUGGUCGUGCCUCCUCACGUCCCGUCAUGCGAGGUGCCGAGCUCGGUGUUUGUCGGCACCGGCCUGGAUCUGCUCUGUAAGGACAAGCUCAGCGUGCCUCCGGCCACCUACCGCUGGUACAAAGACAACAAGGCUCUGACGGCCACGGGAGACGCUCCGUACAGCAUCGACACAAACAAGGGAACAUUGAAGUUCAAGAGCGUGACCAAAGAAGACACGGGGAUGUAUCGCUGUGAGUCCUCCAACAGUGUGGGGGCGCCAAAGAGUUGUGUAGCCAAGCAGCUCACAGUUGUUGAAUAUCCGUGGAAUAUGACCAUGUUGAUAGCAGGUGCGUCAGGAUUUGUGGCGCUGAUCCUUUUCUGCUGCAUCUGCAUCUGUAUCUGCCGCCACAGAGGCUGCUGCAAGAAAAACAGGAAGACAAAAAACUCUAAGUCCUACAACCCUCCCCCGCCUCCUCCGCCUCCUCCCACCCGCAACCUCAAGCACUACAAACAAACUCAGUCCUUCAUGAUCUGAGGCGAUUUUGCCAAAUAACCAAAGUGUGCGGCAGGAACUCGGCGGCUCUGCUGCAGGCGGAGAAAUCUUCAGCCUUCAGGCGAAGCAGACGUUUCCUUCCUGCGUUGUGGGUUUUUGUCCAGUGGAAGUCCCGAUGAUACCCGGCCAAGUGUACAGCUUCAUUACUUUCCCACACCCUGUAUGAUUUUUGUCAUUUAAUGUUUUUUUUUUCAGUUCUUGUUUUGAGAGUAGGUGUUAAGCUCUUCAAGCCACUCAUAGGUCAGUGUAUAUGUUAUUUUUGGUAAAACUGUAUAUAUAUAUAUAUUUGGUGAUAAAUGGUUCAUGUUGGUUUUGGUUGACUCUGAUAUGUAAUAUUUAAUGUUAGUCUUUUUUUUUUCUAGCAUUUAAUUGAGCUGUUUGAUGCUCCUGAUGCUAUUUUUCCUUGUAAACAUGUUUUUUUUAAUAAUUGUUUGAACAGGUGUCUGCACACACUGAACAGUAUUAUAGAAGUUUAAAAAUCUUUCUUGCUUAUAUUUUUGAGAAAUCUUAGCCUAUAUUCAAUAAAGACUGCUGGGUAAAUACGCAUAUUGGGUUUAAUGGUGAUCAGUAAGGCUGGAUUAGGCAAAGUGUAAUGCAAAUGACACCAUGCUUGGUAUCGGCACCAGAUUUGCUCCAAACAAAUCUGAUUCAGAUUCAAAUUUAUUCGUAUCCCAAAUGGAAAAUUUAUGUUACAGCAAGUAUAAAAACUAAAAGACAAAGUAU